CUCGCCCGCGCCCAACUUCUGAAGCGCAGCAGAUCCAACACAGUGCCUUGGAGAGCAGAUGAACAGACUCAAAGAACAACGAAUAUAGAUCACAAACUACUAUAGAUCAUUAUCUUUCCUUUUGAUUAUUGAUACUGUGAUACAUAAUUCGUUUAAUUGUUUAAUUGUGCAAACUAACGACAAUCAGUAUUGGAUAUAAUGGAAUUGCUCUUCUCAUAUUUACAUUUAAUUGAAAAUCUGAAUAUACAACCAACAAUAAAGUCAAUAAAUGGGAAGUCAAGACCAUAAGGAUAUUUCAAGAAGAAGGGUUCACAUUUUCUUCCUGUGGUUGUUGGAUAAUCAACGUGCCACUGAUGGACACCGAUGGGGAUUGAGCUGCGUUUAACCUGGAAAAUAUGAAAAGAAAUGCAACGUUUACGUUGGUUAAGCAGUCCUAGUGCUCCCUUUUUGAAGGGUUUUCUUCAAAGCUCGAUGACAUCUGUCAAAAAAGUGUCGAGGAAUGGAGCGCGCCAGUCAGUUGAAGCCAAUGUCUUUUAUUUAUGGAGAGUUCUGGAAUAUGUCAACCAAUGAUACCAAUGUCAAUUUAACGACACGAGGAGAGGAGGAGAAGGAUAGUUUGACUUUUCAAGCUGGUUUAGCAGUUACAUUAUCCCUAAUAACUUUUGCAACAACAUUAUCAAAUGCAUUUGUUAUUGCUACUAUUUAUCAAUCCAGAAAACUGCAUACGCCUGCAAACUUUCUGAUAGCAUCGCUCGCCCUGACAGACCUUCUGGUGUCGGUAUUGGUGAUGCCAAUCAGCGCGCUAUACACGGUGAGUCAAACAUGGACUUUGGGCCAAGUUACGUGCGACAUAUGGUUAUCUUCAGACAUAACGUGUUGUACCGCAUCCAUUCUUCAUCUGUGCAUAAUUGCGCUGGACCGUUACUGGGCAAUAACAGACGCGGUUGAGUACACCAAGAAGCGCACAUCAGCGCGCGCGGCGGGGAUGAUCGCCACUGCCUGGGUGAUUGCCAUCUCCAUCUCACUGCCGCCCUUCUUCUGGCGUCAGGUGAAAGCGGAGGAAGUUACCACUUGCAAUGUGAACACUGAUCACAUUUUCUACACAAUUUAUUCCACUUUUGGAGCCUUUUAUAUUCCCACGUUGUUACUCAUAGCCCUUUACGGUAGGAUCUAUGUGGAAGCCCGAAAGAGGAUCUUGAAACAGUCGUCUAAUAAUAAACCGGGGAAAAGACUCACCUCUGCCCAUUUGAUAACAAACUCGCCAGGUACAAACUCUGUAGCGUCCACCGCCUCUCUAAAUUACGGGACGAACGAAAUCUCUUCUUGUGAAGCUAAUAGCUCACCUGCCAAUGUGAACUAUGUGAAAGUCACUGUAUCCGACGCGCUCCUGGAGAAGAAGAGGAUCUCCGCUGCCAGGGAAAGAAAGGCGACUAAAACUUUAGGGAUCAUUCUCGGAGCUUACAUCAUAUGUUGGUUACCGUUUUUCAUUUACACCUUAGUGGUUUCAGUCUGUGCGUCAUGUUUCUAUCCAGAAUUAUUUGACAUAUUUACUUGGUUGGGUUACCUUAACUCUUUAAUAAACCCCAUCAUAUACACCAUGUCCAAUGAGGAUUUCAAAAAGGCUUUCCACAAACUAAUACGCUUCAGAUAUUGCAGGUCCUGAAAAUAGGCUACCAGACAUGCCAAUACCAUUACAUUUUGUUCAGAUAUGUCAAACUGCACCUCGCCAAUAAUUGCAACAUGUUAACUCUCAGUCAUCAUCAACCAGUAAACAUGUGCAGUAUUGUAUCUUGCAUGUUUUCAAAACGCCUAGCAACAUUAUUAUUUUAAUUACAUUAUAGCCUUCAUAGUCAUACAGUACAUGGCCUGCAGUCAUAUUCUGUAAACUUGAUUAUUUAGCAAAACCAGAAUGUAUUGAUCUAUCACUGCAAGCGACAUUAUUAUAAUAAUUAGAUUAUAGCCUACUUCACAGGCAUGCAGUACAUGGCCUGCAGUCAUAUUCUGUAAACUUGAUUAUUUUGCAAAACAAGAAUGUAUUGAUAUAUCACUGCCAUUAUUGAACAAUCUAUCCAGAAAUCAUAGGCCAUAAUCUCUGCUGCCUUCCUUAUGAUCGGCAGUCAUGAGAUUACAACCCACCCUAUACAAUUCAUAUUCCAACCUAAAUCAACAUUUUGAUAAGGACUUUUCCCAUUAUUGAUAUCAAAGGUUAAUAUUAAGGAGUACGUGUUGGAAAUCAGUAGACUUUGCCAUGGAAUCAUGUAGCUUGUUCUGGGGGGCAGAAUGUCUGAACAGGCACAGUGGGAACAGCAAGGCUUGAUAUAAAGUUGAAUAUUUAAACAUGCAUGGAAAGCCUGCUGUGUGACCAACGCUGUAUGACACACAGAGUUACUGUAGGCUAACUGGUAUGAGGAAAUUAUAAGCACAAGAUUCUGAGCCCUCUGGGAGGGCAACCCCCCCCCCCCCUCCCUUAGACAAAAUAACUUUGUCCCAAUAAGAUAUCAUUUCUUCUGAAGUGUACACUUGUUACCUGCCACAACUCUAAAAUUAUUGGACUGUUGGAGGCAUGGGCUAGUCGGAUUCAAUCAUUCCACCAUAUGUCUUAGACCAUUACUUUCCUUUCUUAUACCCAGUAAUUUCCCUGCAUACUUUAAGAGGAAGGAAAUCAAAUUGGGACACAGAGAUCAUUUCUGUUCCAUUUGUUAUAUGUUUUCUAUUGGUUCGACUCCUUAAUGAGAUCAGUAGGAAUUUUAUGAUAAAAGAACAUCUCUAAUUUCAUCUCAUAGUCAAUGUAAAUAAUCGUUACUCUAUUACUUUAUUGUGGGUAAUGUUGUUUACUUCAGACUGGACUAUAAGCUGACCUCUUGUUGUUAAACAAGCCUCAAUCAAUGUAUUUAUAUCUGUAUGCAGUGUAACAUAUAUGUAUGUGUACGUAUGUGUGUAAAUGUAUUUAUUUAUGUCAUUUUCAUUAUAUUUUGCUAUGGAGCUGCUUAAAUUGCCUGCGGGUGUUCACUCUGCUGCAACCUUAUUAUGGCCAUUAGCCUACAGAAUACUGUUGGUAGAAUUAUACAAAUCAAACUCAAAUAUGACAGACAAGAAUACAGACAACUAACACAUUUAUUCACCUACAGUACCAUUACUCAUAUUGAUCAUGUUUCACAGAUGUCUCAGCAUGCUUGCCCUUUAUAUUCCACGCAAGACUGCAUGUGUUAAGUGCAAGAUCAAAUAGCAGAAUUAACAGAGAUAAUAAGCUGUUAAAAAGCCAUUCAAAUUUGAUUGGUAAACAUAACUUUUUGAAGAAUACAACCACUGUAAACUACAGAGAUGCAAUAGUAACAGCCAAGAAGAUAAACGACUCAAAACAGCCACACACAGAUAUACCAUCUUGAUCUACAGUACUGGCUUUAUAAUGGCAAACUAUGUUCAUGAGGUACUACUGUAUACUAUUGCAGUAUUCAUGUAAUGGAAAUUCUAUACCGAACAAAAGUAUAAAUGCAACAUGCAACAAUUUCAACGAUUUGACUGAUUUACAGUUCAUAUAAGGACAUCAGUCAAUUGAAAUACAUUAAUUAGGCCCUAAUCUAUGUAAAUCACAUAACUGGGCAGGGGCGCAGACAUGGAUGGGCCUGGGUGGGCAUAGGCCCACCCACUUGGGGGCCAGGCCCACUCACUGGGGAGCCAGGCCCAGCUAAUCAGAAUGAGUUUUUCUCCACAAAAGGGCUUUAUUACAGACAGAAAUACUCCUCAGUUUCAUCAGCUGUCUUGGUGGCUGGUCCCAGACGAUCCCGCAGGUGAAGAAGCUGGAUGUGGAGGUCCUGGACUGGCGUGGUUACACGUGGUCUGCAGUUGUGAGACCGGUUGAACGUAUUGACAAAUUCUCUAAAACGACGUUGGAGGUGUUUUAUGAUAGAGAAAUAACAUUCUGUUUUCUGGCUACAGCUCUGGUGGACAUUUUUGCAGUCAGCAUGCCAAUUUCACGCACCCUCAAAACUUGAGACAUCUAUGGCAUUGUGUUGUGUGACAAAACUGCACAUUUUAGAGUGGCCUUUUAUUGUCCCCAGCACAAGGUGCAGCUGUGUAAUGAUCAUGCUGUUUAAUCAGCGUCUUAAUAUGCCACACCUAUCAGGUGGAUGGAUUAUCUUGGCAAAGGAGAAAUGCUCACUAACAGGGAUGUAAACAAAUUUGUGCAUAACAUGUUAGAGAAAUAAGCUUUUUGUGCGUAUGGAACAUUUCUGGGAUCUUUUAUUUCAGAUUAUGAAACAUGGGACCAACACUUUACAUGUUGCGUUUAUAUUUUUGUUCAUUAUAUUUCAUCCAAAUUUGCUACUGCUGUACAAUAAAGCUUCUCUGCUCAUAAGGAA